CUGUGUGUUUAACGCGAUUUUAGUGCUCUACGUCAUUUCAGGCCACAGAUGUCCAGCCUGUCUCUUGACAAAUACGUUACCCCAUAUUACUCCUUAUGUUUUACAUUUUUGUCUCGCCUCCAUGACCGCCUGGGAGCUGUGCUUAACAAUUGUCGAUACUUCGGCUUCAACGGGAGUAACACUAGCUUCCUGUGACUAGGUUAGCUAAUGAAAAGGAUUUAAGUUUUCCGAGGUUAUUUGGCUGUGCUUUCAAGACCCUUUUUGUAUUUUUGAAAACAUGCGUGUCAAGGACUGCAUCGUAUCUGCUCCGGGAAAGGCGAUUCUCCAUGGAGAGCACGCAGUUGUACACGGAAAGGUUGCACUUGCUGUGAGUUUAAAUCUGAGAACAUACUUGAAGUUGAAAGCCACCAACACUGGUAAAGUUUGCAUCAACCUCCCCAACAUUGACACCUUCCUCUGCUGGGAUGUGUCUGAGCUGAAACAUCUUACAGUCUAUUCAUGUGGCAGGCAGUGGGAUGAGGUGAAAUGUCUGGAUGCUGAAUUUGUAAAAAGACUGCGUGAAUUUGUCGGUGUAGCAAACGGAAACUUGGAUACUUGCAGUAUGGCCACCUUGGCGUUCCUCUACAUGUACCUCUCAAUCUUUCGAUCAAGUGAGCUGCCAAGCUUGACUGUGUCUGUGUGGUCAGAGCUGCCUACCGGUGCGGGACUGGGCUCGAGUGCUGCCUACUCUGUGUGUUUAGCAGCAGCUCUGCUUUGUGCAAGUGGAGCCAUUCCCACUCCUCUCAAAGAGUGGGACCACACUGCGAGGUGGUGUCAGGAGGACCUGGAGCUAAUCAACAGUUGGGCCUUUCAAGGCGAGAUGAUCAUCCAUGGUAAUCCUUCUGGAGUAGACAACGCUGUAGGGACAUGGGGUAGCAUGCUGAGGUUCGUGGCCGGGAGGAUCAUACCACUGAGCAGGGUGCCCUUAUUAAGAAUUCUCCUCACUAAUACCAAAGUGCCGCGUAGCACCAAGGUACUUGUUGCCAGGGUGAAGGACAAAAUUAACAAGUUUCCCUCUAUUUUGACCUCUGUGCUCGAUUCAGUUGAUGCCAUUUCCUGCACUUGUGAGAAAGUCCUUUUAGAAAUGACGACUCAGCCAAUCACAGGGGAGCACUACAAUGUUUUGGAGGAACUCAUUGACAUCAACCAGCAUCAUUUGAAUGUGAUGGGGGUGGGACACCCGGCCCUGGACACCCUGUGUCGGGUCACGCUCGCCAGAGGUCUCCACAGCAAGCUAACAGGAGCAGGUGGAGGGGGCUGUGGCAUCACUCUUCUGAGACCAGAAACGGACUCAGUUGUGGUCCAGAGUACAAUUCAGGACUUGAAAGACUGCGGCUUUGACUGCUGGGAAACAAGUAUUGGCGGGCCUGGUGUCCAAGAGCAUUCUCCCCUCUCUGUAAAGGAGGAUAUUUUAGGAAUCUUAAACAAUUAUUGACACUCAACUGUGGCCAUAGAUGCGCAAGUGGAUCAAUGACAGUCACAAGACCUGAGGUAUGCACGACUGCACCAGUGCACAAAGGGACAUUUUCACAAAGCAAUCAUGAACUUCCUUGACUGAUAACUGGAGAAAGACAACAUUUUCAAAUGUCAAACACUAAGCUGUGGCUCAUCUCGUUAAUAUUUUAAGCAGGGAUGUCCCGAUCCACAUUAGUCUUGCCGAGCUGACCGUUUUUUUUUUUUUAAUAAUAACUUUUUGUUACAAACAUGAAUUUGUGGAAUUGAAUAUGGGUAUGAAAAUAGCUCUUCAAAUCAUUAAAAAUAAUGCAACCACAGUAUUUCUGAAUUUACUUUUUUGUUUCAUACUAUGACCAACAAUAUUGUUGUUGGUCAAAAAAUGUAACUCUUAUAAGCUAUUUUUGUUGUCAUCAUUAUAUUUGUCCAAACAAGGGUACCCUUAGUUGUAUCAGGCAUUAAAAUGAACAAGAACUGAAGACACAAAGGGUCUAAUCAUUUUUUCCAUGAGUGUACAAUGUUUUUAUCAAAAUUUCGUGACUAAACCGGGCCUCAGUGCUUAAUUUCGUACCUCCUCAUGUGCAUGCAUUUCUUGUUAGUAUGACAAUACAGAAUCCUUGAAUAAAGAUGAUGGCCACACUGUUUGAGUGCAGAUGUGCUUGGUAAAUAAAGUAGUGUACAGUUUAAAUGUUGCCAGUCACAAAACACAAAUAGUUGACAUCUUGAAUAUUAAUGAAAGUUGGAGAUCUAAAUUUAUACAGGUUGAAGUUUAGCAUGACAGAUUUCUAUUUAAUAAAGAAUAUUGAUUUGUAUUAUUUUAUUCUGUCAAUUUUGUUAUCUUGAAUUAAAAAAUAAAUUAUUGAACAGUUUAUUUCCCAUGUAUUCAUAUUGCAGAUGCAAAACGUGCAUCACAUUAAAUUCAGGUUUGUGUCAA